AUGGAGCGUAAGGCCCGCUCCUCGCAGCUAGCUGCGGGUCAGGAGGUGUGGGUGUCUUUCCUUCUCACCACCCAACCGGGUCCUGACCCCAGAGCCUGGGAAGCCCCGCGCCCGCACGUGACCCGAAAGAGGGACCUUCCUCGCUUAGCGCAGGAUCGAGGGUCCGAGCUCUCUCAGCCGGCUCAGACUGAAGCCUCCCAGGUCCGGGCAAAGCAGGUGGCCCUGGUGAUUGGGGGCAUCCCUGGGGGACUGCUGCUACUGCUGCUGUUGAUGGUGGUGAGCCGGUGUCUCUGGAAGAGGCUUUGCGCCACGUUCACCUAUGAGGAGCUGUUAGGGACCACGGCUGCCUCCAGCACACAAGGACACAAGCUCUGCCCACCGGAUGCCAGGACCCAGGCAAGCAGGCCACCAGGUGUACCAUUCGUGGUGCCCCCUUCCCUCCGAAGCCAAGACUGGGUGCCCCUGAGCAGCAGAGAGUGGGCCCAGGCCCCACAGGACCCCUGCCCAGCCCCGGAGCUCCUGCCUCAUGCCACCUACAGCAAUCUUGGAGACGCAUGCGUGGUGGGGACCAUCAAUCCAGAGCUCUACAAGAUCCCGGAGGACAAAAGUGAGACCCACUUCCCUGAGGGCUGCCUGGGGCGGCUGUGGUUCUCUGUGGAAUACCAGCAGCAGGCCGAGCGACUGCUGGUGGGCCUGAUCAAGGCACAGCGGCUGCAAGCCCCCUCAGAGACCUGUAGCCCCCUGGUGAAGCUCCAUCUGCUACCGGAUGAGCGGCGCUUCCUCCAGUCCAAGACCAAAUGCGGAACAACCAGCCCACAGUUCGACGAGCACUUCAUCUUUCAGGUGCCCAGCAAGAGUGUCACCCAGAGGGUGCUGAGGUUCUCGGUGUACCACGUGGACAGGCAGAGGAAGCACCAGCUCCUGGGCCAGGUGCUGUUCCCCCUGAAGACAGAGACCCUGGUGGGCGACUGUCGGCGCAUCAUCUGGAGAGACCUGGAGGCUGAGAGCCUGGAGCCUCCCUCCAAGUUUGGCGACCUCCAGUUCUGCCUCAGCUACAACGACUGCCUGAACCGCCUCACAGUGAUCGUGCUGCGAGCCAAGGGCCUCCAACUCCAGGACACGACCUUUGUCAGUGUGCUUGUCAAGGUGUCUCUGAUGAACCACAACAAGUUUGUCAAGUGCAAGAAGACUUCGGCUGUGCUGGGGUCCGCCAACCCUGUGUACAGCGAGACCUUCAGCUUCAAGGCCGACCCUGCCGAGCUGGACACGGCGAGCCUCAGCCUGACGGUGCUGCAGAGAGCCGAAGGGGACAGGAGCCGCGAGCUGGGCCGGGUGGUGGUGGGCCCCUACAUGUACACCCGCGGCAAAGAGCUGGAGCACUGGAACGAGAUGCUUAGCAAACCCAAGGAGCUGGUGAGGCGCUGGCACGCGCUCUGCCGCACCACUGAGCCCUGACCCGGGCAGGGACCUCGGGUCUGCUCCAGGAGCC